AUGGAGAGAGCGACAGCAGACAUAAUUCCUGAUUGUCUCAUUGACAAAAUAGUCUCUUACCUUAGCUUUGAUAAAGCAGCACAAACAAGCAUUCUCUCCAAAGCAUGGCUACUAGCUUGGUUGAUUCAUCCCAACUUAAUAUUUAGUAUUCACUAUUACAAAGACAUGAAUAUAGUGAAUAAAAUUAUGGAGAGAUAUAGGGAUGGAAAAAUCCCUAUAGACAAGUUCACGUUUUCAAUUUUAAUGUCGGGUUCUCGUGAAGUUUUCCUUGUGAUUGAUAAGUGGCUUGGUAUUGCUGUUCAGAAUGGUGUAAAAGAUGUAGUAUGUACGGGCUUCUUUCGUACGUUAUACCCUUUUCCUAUUUUGACAUCAAAAUCUUUAAGAGAAUUGGUUCUGACAGACUGUGAUCUGAUGCAUCUUUCAUCAUCAAGUAGUCAUGGGGUGAACUGUGAUUCUUUGGAAAAGCUUUCUCUAUCCGGUGUCCGUUUAGAUGACAACAUGCUUCAGACUCUACUCUCUAGUUGUCCCUUAAUUGUCAAUUUCGUCGUUGAAGAUUGUAUUGGGUUGGAAAAUAUUGAGUUGCUUCGUCUUCAAAAGAUAAGGUCAGUUUCCAUUAGGACAAAGAGAAACAGGUAUGUUAAAAUCCACGCGCCAACUUUGGAACACUUGUUUUGUUUUGGUGCUUUGAAAGAUCCUCCUACGUUGGAUAUUGCUGAAUGUCCGAAUCUGAAAUCUUUAGAGCUAUCACGUGUGAAGAUAUAUAUAAUGAGAUCAACAGGAAAGAUUUGGAACUGGACCACAGAAUUUGUACCUCCCAAGUGA